AUACAGCGGAGCAAACGCAAAAAUACAGAGAAAGCGAGAAAAAAUCGCGAUCGGCUUCUCCAGCCUCAUCCGACCACAGUGCGGUCACAUAAUCGCUGUCGCGUUUCUGUCCGAUUCCCGGCAACGGUUUCCGUUUCUGUCUUUCUCCCACGUCCCAAUUACCGCCGGAGUUUAUGAGAUUUAAGAUGAGGGCGAAAGCAGUGUGGGAGCCUGAGUACCACAGAGUGUUUCUUGAUCUAUGCGUGGAGCAGACCAUGUUAGGGAACAAACCAGGGACGCAUUUCUCGAAAGAAGGCUGGAGGAAUAUACUGAGCUCGUUUCAGGAGCAGACGGGGGCUAUGUACGAUAGGAUGCAGCUUAAGAACCAUUGGGAUACGAUGAGCAGGCAGUGGAAGAUCUGGUGCAGGCUUGUUCAAACUGGUUAUAUGAGCUGGGAUCCUGAGACCAACACGUUUGGUGCGAGUGCUGAAGAGUGGGCUUACUAUUUACAGGGGAAUCCUGAUGCAGGGCAGUAUCGGUUGAGUGUUCCACAAGAUUUAGAGAAACUAGAGAUUAUAUUUGCGGGUAGUAAUAAUAAUGUUGAGGGCAGAGAUGAUGAUGAUGAUGAUGAAGUCUUGAGGGUAAGGAAGAGGCGAAGAAGUGGUGGUCAUGAAGAAGAAGAAGUUGAGGAAGAAGAUAGCAGAAGCAUGUGUAGCUCUUCUAAUCCUCAGACAAAAGGGUACUGGUCUCCGUCCACACACGAGCUGUUUGUUGAUCUGUUGGUGCAAGAGACUCUGAAAGGAAACAGACCGGACACGCAUUUUAACAAGGAAGGGUGGAAGACGAUUUUCGAGACGAUUAACGAAAGAACAGGACUCGGUUACACAAGAGGGCAGCUGAAGAACCACUGGGAUUGCACUAGGAAAGCUUGGAAGAUCUGGUGUCAGCUCGUUGGAGACGAUAGCAUGAAAUGGGAUCCAGAAACUGGUAGUUUCGGUGCAACAGAAGAGGAAUGGCGAAACUAUAUUCGGGAGAACCCAAGAGCAGGACAGUUUCGCCACAAGGAAGUUCCCCAUGCUGACAAACUCUCAAUCAUCUUCAGUGGAGUUAUAGAACCAGGAGAGACAUACACUCCUCCCUCUCGGAAGAAACUCCUCCCUGAUCGUUCCGAGUCACCGCGGUUCCGAGAAGAUGAAGCGAAUCACAACGUGAAACCGGCUAAAAGGUUGGAUGUUGUGAUGGGUAUGUUGCAGGAGAGUCCAGUACGCGUUGAGAUAGAAUCAGCAAAGCGGAUGUACUGUAUUGGAGAAUGCAUUGAAAGCCUCAACGCGAUGAAGGAGGUGGAGGAAGGGAGUGAUCUCUACAUGUUUGCGUUGGAUCAGUUUCUGAAGAGGGAGUAUAGAGAGAUCUUCUUAGAGCUGAAGAAGCCUAGUUUGAAAAUCGCAUGGUUGCAGAGACUUCGAGCUGCUGCGGUUUCUAAUACUACAACUUAGUUUCAUUCUAGUCUUCGAAGUACACUUGAAAACCUCUGUUUCAGUCUGGUGUCUAUACCCAAAAGUAUAAUUUCAUUUGCUACACUUUGAUUGAAUCUACAAGUGGAAAUAUCAUGUUGAUGAACUAGAUAUUGAUUGAUA